UACGGGUACAAAUUACGUCCCGGUUACAAAGCUGGGAUUUCCGACUUUAUAGCUGUUUGUUUGCUUGUUUGUAAUAGACUGUACGUUUGUACUUUGUACAAAUGUAUUGCCUUAAGAAAAACAACUAUGAAAAUGCUGCGCCGGUUCGCCUUUUAUGAACGAUUAAAACGAUAACCGGACACGGAUAAAAACAGCGCGCCGCCAGCCUAUAGGUCCUGAAUCAGUGUCCUGAGAUAGAUCACAGAGUUGUGUUACUGGAGCACCAGGAGAGGUGUGUCACAGUCUUCAGGCCUUCUCCAGAUCAUAGGUUGAGUAUCAUGUUCCAACAAUCUGCCAAUUGGAUUUGUGUCAUUUCAGUUGGAUUAAACCUGUUUUUCCUGAAACAGAAUUAUUAUACCAGUUCAUGGCCAACCAGAAUUUUUAAGUCUCCAUUCGAAGCACCACCUAUGCAUAGUACUGAUCCACAACUGUCAAAAAACAGCACCAUCAUUCUUAUAUGGUUCUGGCCAUUUGGAAAACAUUUUGACUUGACCUCUUGCAAAUCUGUAUUUAACAUAGAAGGCUGUUAUUUAACUGAUGACAGAGCCCUCUACAGCAAGGCCCAUGGAGUCAUUAUACAUCACAGGGAUAUUAAAUGGGACCUGUCUAAUUUACCAUCUCAGCCACGGCCAUUUUUUCAGAAAUGGGUUUGGAUGCACUUCGAGUCCCCCAACAACACACCAAAAAUACCAGGACUGAGCAACUUAUUCAAUGUAACUUUGAACUACAGACAGGAUGCAGACAUUACAAUCCGUGAGCAAAUGAUUAUCAAAUCUCCAGACACAGAGGAUGAAAUCUUCCCUAAAGUCCUAAAGAAGAAGGACAAACAAGUGUGUUGGAUUGUCAGCAACUGGAAUGAGCAGCACGAUAGGGUGACAUAUUAUAAAGAACUGAAGCAACAUAUCACCAUUGAUACAUAUGGACAUGCAUUUCAGAAACCACUAAAAAGGGAAGAAUAUGACAACGUGCUGACAUCAUGUAAAUUUUAUCUGGCAUUUGAGAACACAAAAAGUAAAGACUACAUGACAGAAAAACUGUAUAAUCCCCUCACAAAAGGCAGCAUUCCAGUGGUCCUUGGGUCACCCAGAUACAUAUAUGAGCGGUUUAUACCAGGUGAUGCUUUCAUUCAUGUGGAUGAUUUUCCAUCCCCUAAGGACCUGGCUCAGCAUCUGCUGUCAUUAGACAAGAAUGAGGUGGAGUACAAAAAGUAUUUUCAAUGGCGAAAACUCUAUGAAGUUAAACAUGUUGAUUUUCCCAGAGAGCAUGUAUGCUAUGCUUGUGAUUACAUCCGUAGGAAAAAUAACCACCAAGUUUUUACAAACCUUUAUGACUGGUACUGGGACCACACAAAUGAAUGAGAUCUUUGCUGUUGCUGUACUUAUUCCAAUAAAUGGGGAUGAUUUGUUGUACACACUGA